UUUAUUGUGUGUAGGGGCUUCGAUACCAUCCAUCCAGACCUCUUCGAUUCUCUCAAGUUUGGGAACGAAAGGAUGAUGGAAGGUGUGGUUCUCAAGCUCCCAUCCUUCCAAUUCCAAUUCCAUUUCAUGAACCCUAGUCGUUGCAGUUCCUGUUUCUCCUCCACUCUCCGCACUUCCUCUUCUCCUUCUCUCCGCUUCCGCUUCCGCAGAUUUUCCUCUCCCUUCUCUGUUUCUGCUUCAGCUUCCACCGCCAGGGAAACGGACAACUUGCAUCUUGGUUCUCUUUCGCUUGGGCACACAACUCGACCUGAUUUCCCCAUCCUCCAUCAGGAAGUAAAUGGCUCCAAGCUUGUCUACUUGGACAAUGCUGCCACCUCUCAGAAACCGAUUGCCGUGUUGAAAGCCUUGCAGAAUUAUUAUGAGGCUUACAAUUCAAAUGUUCAUCGUGGCAUACACUACUUGAGUGCGAAGGCAACGGACGAGUAUGAGCUGGCCAGAAAGAAGGUUGCGUCUUUUAUCAAUGCUGGAGAUGCUAGAGAGAUCGUUUUUACUAGGAAUGCAACUGAAGCUAUCAAUCUAGUGGCUUAUUCUUGGGGCAUAGCGAAUUUAAAAUCAGAAGAUGAGAUCAUACUUACAGUUGCUGAACAUCAUAGUGCCAUUGUCCCUUGGCAACUUGUAGCUGAAAGGACUGGUGCUGUUCUGAAGUUUGUGAGUUUAGAUGAACAUGAUGUCCCAAACUUGAAAGAUUUCAAGGAGAUGUUAACAACAAAAACAAAGCUUGUGGUUACCCAUCAUGUCUCAAAUGUACUAGCAUCUGUUCUUCCAAUUGAAGACAUAGUUAGCUGGGCACAUCAUUUUGGGGCUAAAGUGCUAGUAGAUGCAUGCCAGAGUGUUCCACAUAUGGUUGUCGACGUCCAGGCGCUUGAUGCUGAUUUUCUUGUUGCUUCUUCUCACAAGAUGUGUGGGCCUACAGGCAUCGGAUUUUUAUAUGGAAAGAUUGAUCUGCUGUCUGCAAUGCCUCCAUUCUUAGGUGGUGGAGAGAUGAUCUCAGAUGUCUUUCUCGACCAUUCCACAUUUGCAGAACCUCCUUCCAGAUUCGAGGCUGGGACGCCAGCGAUUGGAGAAGCAAUUGGAUUGGGAGCUGCUAUUGAUUAUUUGUCUGGAAUCGGCAUGCAAAAGAUUCAUACUUAUGAAGAAGAAUUGGCGAAUUAUCUAUAUGAGAACCUUCGUGCAGUCCCUAACAUUCGCAUAUAUGGCCCAGUCCCUAAUGCUCAACGUGCUGCUCUGUGCUCGUUCAAUAUUGACAACAUGCAUCCAACGGACAUUGCAACUUUUCUUGAUCAACAGCAUGGUAUAGCCAUCAGAUCAGGACAUCACUGUGCGCAGCCCCUCCAUCGGGUUCUCGGUGUCAGCUCGAGCGCACGAGCUAGCCUUUACUUCUACAACACAAAAGAGGAUGUGGACUACUUUAUCCAGGCUCUAAAUGACACUGUAAGUUUCUUCGAC